AUGUCGACCCAAAAGUCAGCCAAGGACAAGAAAUGGCACAGAUUUAUGAAUUUAUUUGGUUCCUCAUCUUCACAUUCCCCGACAAGCAAGAAACGCCAAGUAUACGACACGGCCAACAUCGGCCUCGACAUAGUAGCCAAUAUUGCCGAGGGAUCAGACAUUCUCGCUCCUCUAAAGGCAGCUUGUCGAACAACAAAGUCGAUUCUCGAAGCGACAGAGAACAACCAAGAGGAAUGGACCGAGCUAACAGGACGUAUGAAAGGAUACAUGUCCACAAUCGAGGAACAAAUAGCGUUAUUUGAGACAUAUCCUCCAGAAGACAUGGCCGUUAACGAGGCGUUCAAACGGCCGCUCGCCCAAUAUGUCAAAUGCCUCGAAGACAUGCACGAUAAGGUUGUCAAUCUAGAGGAGAAACGUCGCCUCGACAAGCAUGCCUUUUCUAAAGCAAUCAUCAAAGUCAAAAUUGAUGCGGAGGAGAUUCUUAAACUCAAUCGGGAUAUCGAGGAUCGGCAUAGCCAAUUCAUGGGUGCAUUGGGACUUUUUACCGCAUUGGGUAUUCAAAGCGUCGAGCGGAAUACCAAGGUUAUCAAGGCUGACGUUGAGGCCACCAAGGCAAACAUGAAAACCGUCCUGACAGACGUUGAAUCUGCCGCAAUACUUCAGCUACCAACGGUAGCUUUUGUCGCAUCCUCUGUCCAUAGGGCCUGUCUGACAGGAACACGCGAUGCUGUUCUUCAGACCAUCUGGCGCUGGGCCGACGAUGCCACGUCGGAGAAGCCAAUAUUCUGGCUCUGCGAUAUCGCUGGCUCUGGCAAAUCCACAGUCGCCAUGUCUGCAGCAGAUGCUUGGAGGAACGAGGGAGUGUUAGGUGGCCAAUUCUUCUUCUCUCUUACAAGCAGCGAAGGAUCGUCCACCGACAAGUUCUGCUCCACGAUAGCAAGAGACCUUGUCGACUACAUACCCAAGCUUGCGCCGCACGUCGCCGGAGCCGUGAAGCGGCAUCCUUCGUUCAUGCGAAGCUCUCUCCAAGAGCAGUUCCGAAUGCUCGUCAUCGAGCCUCUUCAUCAUCUUCAAGGACGUGUCACUCUCGUCAUCGACGCUCUUGACGAAUGUCAAUCUGGAUCGCAGAGAAGAGAACUUGUCGAAAUGCUUUCUACAGCUGUUCGAGAAGCAAAGAACCUCAAGAUAUUCAUGACGAGUCGACCAGACCCUGUGAUCCAAGCAGUCUUGGGGUCGCUUUCAAUCAAGUCCAAGCUGGAAGACCGCCUGCACGAUGUUCAUCAUCGCGAUAACAUCGAUGAUAUUGCAACUUACAUACACAAGGAGCUAAAGGAGGUGCUGCCGGAGGCCAAGAGGCUGAGACUGGCUGAGAAGGCCAACGGAUUGUUUAUUUGGGCAAGCACGGCAUGUCGAAUGCUCAGUAGCGAAACUACAUUGGACUUGCCGGAAAGCAUCUAUGAUCGGCUGAUCUCAGUGGACCAGACUGGAGAGAUAGACGACGUUUACAAGCUCGUUUUCGAGCGUAUGGACCCCAAAUCCCACACAAUCAUGUCCAGCAUGCUCGCCUUGCUGCUUGCUGCAUUCGAGCCACUCAGCACCGAUGACUUGGACGACAUCUUCAAGAACCUUGGGCUCAGGUGGAGUUCCAGGGCACUGGUACAGAACCUAGGAAGUGUGCUCAGUGUAAACCCAAGUACAAAUUUGGUCCAAUUCCGCCAUCCUACCCUUGUCGAAUACCUUGGACGGUGUUCCCUCGCCCCAGCUCCCGACAAACCCAAUACACUCCAUCUCGACGUGACCAAGGCGCAUGGUCAGGCCGCAUCAUGGUGUCUCAAACGACUCAUGUCGCGGACUGAUGGUCUCAAGUUUAAUAUAUGUCAACUCGAGUCAUCUUUCUACCUCAAUAGAGAGAUUCUAAACCUCAAGACGAGGAUAUCGAGACUCAUUCCAAAGGCACUUCGAUAUGCCAGCUCUCACUGGUUGUUCCAUGUGGCGGAAACUGAUGACACCUGGCGAUCCAUGGUAAAGAGGGAAAUUCAACAGAUUAUUCAAGCUCCACACGUGCUAUACUGGAUGGAAGUCCUGAGCUUCACUGGGGGAGUGCCACGAGCAAUAGCUGGCCUUCGAGCUAUUAGACGCCACACAGGGCCUGAAAUGUGGGAUAAAGCUAGCAUGGACCAAACUCGACGGUUUAUAAUGACAUUUUCGGUACCGAUUCAAGAGAGCGCGCCACAUAUUUACAUUUCUGCACUCCCAUUUGCCCCUAUAACGUCCAUAUUACAUACCGAGGGUGCAAAAAGAUACAGAAACCUUCUUCGCGUAGCAGAAGGCCUCGAGGAGAUGUAUUCCGGGCUCCCAAGUAGUCUUCGAGGUCAUGAAUCCGGGGUCAACGCCGUCGGAUUCUCGCCAGACGGCUCACAGAUUGUGUCUGGCUCAUCCGACAAGACAAUUCGAUUGUGGGACGCGGCAACUGGUCAGGCUGUGGGAGAGCCACUGCGAGGUCAUGAAUAUGAGGUCUUCGCCGUCGGAUUCUCGCCAGACGGCUCACAGAUUGUGUCUGGCUCGUACGACAACACAAUUCGAUUGUGGGACACGGCAACUGGUCAGGCUGUGGGAGAGCCACUCCGAGACGGCUCACAGAUUGUGUCUGGCUCAUACGACAAGACAAUUCGAUUGUGGGACGCGGCAACUGGUCAGGCUGUGGGAGAGCCACUCCGAGACGGCUCACAGAUUGUGUCUGGCUCGUCCGACAAGACAAUUCGAUUGUGGGACGCGGCAACUGGUCAGGCUGUGGGAGAGCCACUCCGAGGUCAUGAAGAUUGGAUUGUGUCUGGCUCGGACGACAAGACAAUUCGAUUGUGGGACGCGGCAACUGGUCAGGCUGUGGGAGAGCCACUCCGAGGUCAUGAAUCUGGGGUCUUGGCCGUCGGAUUCUCGCCAGACGGCUCACAGAUUGUGUCUGGCUCGCCGACAAGACAAUUCGAUUGUGGGACGCGGCAACUGGCCGUCGGAUUCUCGCCAGACGGCUCACAGAUUGUGUCUGGCUCGGACGACAAGACAAUUCGAUUGUGGGACGCGGCAACUGGUCAGGCUGUGGGAGAGCCACUCCGAGGUCAUGAAUCCGCGGUCAUGGCCGUCGGAUUCUCGCCAGACGGCUCACAGAUUGUGUCUGGCUCGGACGACAAGACAAUUCGAUUGUGGGACGCGGCAACUGGUCAGGCUGUGGGAGAGCCACUCCGAGGUCAUGAAUCUGGGGUCUUCGCCGUCGGAUUCUCGCCAGACGGCUCACAGAUUGUGUCUGGCUCGUACGACAAGACAAUUCGAUUGUGGGACGCGGCAACUGGUCAUGAAUCCGCGGUUCUGGCCGUCGGAUUCUCGCCAGACGGCUCACAGAUUGUGUCUGGCUCAGAUGACAACACAAUUCGAUUGUGGGACGCGGCAACUGGUCAGGCUGUGGGAGAGCCACUCCGAGGUCAUGAAUAUGAGGUCUUCGCCGUCGGAUUCUCGCCAGACGGCUCACAGAUUGUGUCUGGCUCGUACGACAACACAAUUCGAUUGUGGGACACGGCAACUGGUCAGGCUGUGGGAGAGCCACUGCGAGGUCAUGAAUCCGGGGUCUGGCCGUCGGAUUCUCGCCAGACGGCUCACAGAUUGUGUCUGGCUCGGACGACAAGACAAUUCGAUUGUGGGACGCGGCAACUGGUCAGGCUGUGGGAGAGCCACUCCGAGGUCAUGAAGAUGGGUCUGGCCGUCGGAUUCUCGCCAGACGGCUCACAGAUUGUGUCUGGCUCGGACGACAAGACAAUUCGAUUGUGGGACGCGGCAACUGGUCAGGCUGUGGGAGAGCCACUCCAAGGUCAUGAAUCCACGGUCUUCGCCGUCGGAUUCUCGCCAGACGGCUCACAGAUUGUGUCUGGCUCGGACGACAACACGAUCCGAUUAUGGAAUACAGAAACUGGUGCAAAAGCGAAUACCUCCAACCAGGGUGAUAAAGAGUCCGUAUAUUCAGGUCUCAGCGAAGAUCUACAGGACACUCCGCUCCGAAUCGUUGUGCCUGGAUUCGAUCAGUGCUCACUUUCGCUCGAUGGUUGGGUACAUUCUUCCGGCAAACGUCUCUUCUGGGUCCCUCCAAACAAUCGACCGGGACUAAUGUAUCCGUACCGCCUGACAAUUCCGACCGGCGCUCCAUUCCGUGUGACGAAACUUGAUUUCACUAAUUUCCAAUGUGGCUCCUCUUGGACAAAGGUUCGAACAGACGCGUGCUCGUGA